CUGAUUGGAUGUCAGGGUUAGGGUUAGGAUCCCCCAUCCCCACCACCUCCUCUGCCCCCACUCUCAUAGUGACCUCUGACCCCCGCCACGUUACCAUGGAGACGUACUGGAGGGAGGUGAAAAGUAUCGAGGAGGAAAAAGAAGGAGAAGAAGAAGAAGGAGAAGAAGAAGAGAGGAAGAGCAUGGACGAGGUGGAGCUGGAGGAGGCGUGGCUUAUGGAGGCGGGACUCUCCUCGUUGUUUAAGGCCUCGUCCUAUGAGGAGGCGUCUCCGCCGGCGGAGGCGCUGCUCUCCACGUUGACACGGCAACAGGUGGCGACAGUGAGGAAGAGGCUGGACAACUACAACGAGACACUGAAGCUGAGGAACAGGCAUCCAAUCAGAGAUGUGCGGGACGUCUUCACCGAGCCUGACGAUGAGUCAGCAGAAAGAAGCUCCCCCCCCCCCUCUCCCCAUAUCGAGUCACAGCCGAGUCGAUACCACACCUCCACCAAGACCAUCCACCGACACCCUCACACAGUCCGACCGACUCUCCCUGCCUUCUUUUUUGAAGAUCAUCUACCAGAACACCCGUCAUCACCCCCCCACACACACUCUCCGACACCCACACACUGUCCGACACAAACUCACUCUCCAUCACACAGCCCCUCCCAGCCUGAUAGAUGGAUGUGGCGAGCUGAUUGGCUGCUGCGGGACUCUCCGUACUCAGAGGGCGUAGCUGAACACAAAAGAAGUGGGGCUUGUUGGGACUGCCUCCGUUUCCAUGGAGACGACAGUGAUGACCUGCAGUUCGUACCCAUCUCCCCCUCUCAGGGUCUCACCUGUGUAGACGACCUCUCAUCAUGUGACCUGACGAGGCUGGGCUUCAUCUCUCACAUCGAGCUCCACACCUUCCUGCUCGCUCUGGGCAUUCAAACCAAACGCAGCCGACCGCCGAGACACAGGAGCAGAGAGGGCGGUGUGUUUGCUGUUUCUCUGGACUCUCUGCUGGAGAACGACAGGAAGACGUCUCCUGGAGUCAAAGUUCCUGUAGUCUUUCAGAAGUUGUUGUGUAUUUUAGAGCAGACCGGUCUGCAGACUGAAGGGAUUCUCAGAGUGCCAGGGUCAGCUGCUAGACUGAAGUACCUGCGCAGAGAGUUAGACAGGUGCAGCAGUGGAGGGUUCGACUGGUCGUCAGUGAGACAGGUGGACGCUGCAGGUCUGCUCAAGCUCUUUAUCAGAGAGCUGCCAACACCUCUGCUGACACACACACAACUGUCCACCUACCGCGCUGUGCUGGGUGUGUCCUCGGUGUUGCAUCAGGUUCAGGCUCUGCAGCUGCUGAUGCUGCUGCUCCCCGAAGCUAACAGAGAGACUCUGAGAGUGCUGCUGGUCUUCCUGCGUCAGGUGGUCUCCCAUCAAGCCCAGAACAGGAUGUCUCUCUGGAAUGUUUCCAUGGUGAUGGCGCCAAACCUAUUCACCUGCCAUUGCCGCGGCAACAAGCGAUUCAUGUCCAAACAGCUGGAGGAGAUGGAAGAGGCAGUGGGGGGGGCUCACCUGGUCAGUCUCAUGAUCUCCCACCUGGAUGUCCUAUGGACUGUCCCCACCUUCCUGUUGUCUCAGGUGAGGCAGAUGAACCAGGCGUCCAAUCAGAAGCAGCUCGGCCUGACGAAGGCCAAGAGACGACUUCUGAGGUGGAAGAACCACACGAACCACCAGAACCAGAUCACAGAGUUGUGUGAAGGUGUGAUCAGGGUUCACGCCCCCCUCCACGCUAAGGUCUCCAUGGCGAUACAGCUUGACGGACAGACGAAAGCCAGAGACGUGAUUGCCCGCUUUGAGUGUGUAAACAGCUGUUCUGCUCAGCAUCUGUAUGAAGUCGGAGGGAACAUCUGUGAGCGGCGUCUCCCUCCAGACUGCCUGCUGUUGGAUGUUUACAGAGUGAACCCUCACUGUGAUUGGCUGAUCAAACCCUGACUCACCUCCAUACUGAGACACCUGUGUGUUGUCGUAGUGACCGUCACAUCCCAUCAUGAACAUUUGAGUUUUCUGUGCAUCCUGUUGAAAUGACUCUGAAGUCUAAUAAUAAAAACCUGA